GGGAUCACACAGGAUCCGGAGCUGGUGCUGAUAACAGCGGAAUCCCCAGUCUACCUCUCUCCGUGGUCCUGGAAUAGCGCUACCGACCACAAGUCAUCAUAAAAUACAAUAAACCCUCAGCACUUGCUCAGUAGUUUUUAUGAAAAUCUCAAGUAAAAAGAACGCAAGCAAAAAUUUUAUUUUUCGCGAAGGACUUCCAAAAUAAAAUUCUCUAGUAAUCUAGUAGGGGAUUUAAAAAAAAAAAGGAAAAUGCCAGCUGAUAUAAUGGAGAAAAAUUCCUCUUCCCCGGUGGCUGCUACCCCAGCCAGUGUCAACACGACACCGGAUAAACCAAAGACAGCAUCUGAGCAUCGAAAGUCAUCAAAGCCUAUCAUGGAGAAAAGACGACGAGCAAGAAUAAAUGAAAGUCUGAGCCAGCUGAAAACACUGAUUUUGGAUGCUCUUAAAAAAGACAGCUCCCGGCAUUCCAAGCUGGAGAAGGCAGACAUUCUGGAAAUGACAGUCAAGCACCUCCGGAACCUGCAGCGGGCGCAGAUGACGGCCGCGCUGAGCACAGACCCCAGCGUGCUGGGCAAAUACCGAGCCGGCUUCAGCGAGUGCAUGAAUGAGGUGACCCGCUUCCUGUCCACGUGCGAGGGCGUUAACACCGAGGUGCGCACUCGUCUGCUCGGCCACCUGGCCAACUGCAUGACCCAGAUCAACGCCAUGACCUACCCCGGACAGCCGCACCCCGCCUUGCAGGCACCGCCGCCGCCGCCGCCAGGACCCGGCGGUCCCCAGCACGCGCCGUUCGCGCCACCGCCGCUCGUGCCCAUCCCCGGAGGCGCGGCGCCCCCUCCCGGCAGCGCCCCCUGCAAGCUGGGCAGCCAGGCUGGUGAAGCCGCCAAGGUGUUCGGCGGCUUCCAGGUGGUGCCAGCUCCUGAUGGCCAAUUUGCCUUUCUCAUCCCCAACGGGGCCUUUGCGCACAGCAGUCCGGUCAUCCCUGUGUACACCAGCAACAGCGGGACCUCCGUAGGCCCCAACCCUGUGUCUCCUUCCAGCGGCCCCUCGCUCACUGCGGACUCCAUGUGGAGGCCCUGGAGGAACUGAGAGAUUUAGGCCCCCAAACUCCCCAACCCACAUCUUCCCUUCGGACACUAAAACAAGAACUUGGCUACUAGAAGAGACUUUUGUGAUUAAGCUGAUUACUUUCUAAAAAGUUACUUUUUUUGUAGAGAGCUGUAUUAAGUGGCUGACCAUGCACUAUAUUUGUAUAUAUUUUAUAUGUUCAUAUUGGAUUGCGCCUUUGUAUUAUAAAAGUUGAGAUGACAUUUCGUUUUUUACACGAGAUUUCUUUUUUAUGUGAUGCCAAAGAUGUUUGAAAAAAAUGCUCUUAAAAUAUCUUCCUUUGGGGAAGUUUAUUUGAGAAAAUAUAAUAAAAGAAAACAGUGAAGGCUU